UAUGGUUACGUUGUACCUUGUGGGGUGCUUUACAAAGAGAAACCUCCCCUUUCUGUAUUCUGUACUGUACUAUACUGUGUAAAGACAUGGCAAGCUUUACAAAUGAUGAAAUAGAGAUCAACAGACAGGCCAGUGUGGUCCAAAAUCAGCCAUACGAUGAGAGCCUGGAAGUGAGUGAUGGUGAAGAGAUAGCCUCCACCAACGCCACCCCAAGAGGACUCGACCAAACUGAUGCAGGGGGCUAUGAGCAACGUGAUACAGAGGUCCAGGGACGAGGUUACUCAGAGGAGGGUGUGACACAGAGGCACAGUGGGUACGUAGAGGAAGAGGUGGACAGUCCGGAUGACUAUGCAUCAGAGUCUGAAGAGAGUGAAGAACCAGAGGAGCCACCCCAUGCCACAUUACCAGGGGCCUACGACCCUGCUGAGUUUGAGCACCUCCAAGUGAGUGCUGAGAUGAAGGACCUUUUCAAGCACAUCAGUCGCUACACUCCCCAGACUGUGGAACUGGACACAAAGCUCAAGCCGUUCAUUCCAGAUUUCAUGCCAGCUAUAGGAGACAUCGAUGCUUUCCUCAAGGUGACACGCCCUGAUGGUGAGGCGGAUACCCUGGGCCUGUCAGUGAUUGAUGAGCCCACGGCUAAACAGUCUGACCCUACUGUACUGGACCUCCAACUACGGACACUCACAAAACAGACCACUGUCAAGCCAGUUAAUGUUCACAGUAUACAAGAUCCUAAAAAACAGCCGAAAGCUCUCGACAAUUGGAUAGAGAGUGUCAGUGAACUACACAGACAGAAACCAGCCACUAAUGUCCACUACACAAAGAACAUGCCAGACAUUGAGUCCCUCAUGCAAGAGUGGCCACCAGAGUUUGAAGAAGCUCUCACUGAGACUGGAGUACCCAGCGCUGACCUGGACUGUGACCUGGCACAAUACACUGAUAUCUUAUGUGCUCUACUGGAUAUUCCAGUGUACAACAAUCGAAUACAUUCUCUUCAUGUUCUCUUCUCACUUUAUAUGGAAUUUAAGAACUCACAGGUAAUUUUUACACAUUUUUAGAUAUUAUCUCUGUGAGUUUGUAUUUUUUUACCAUGCAGCAUUUCAAUACUAUGACUGGAGAGGAUUUGGAGAGUGACAUUAUGACUGCUGAAACAUGAACACAUCGCAGAAAUUUUGUCAAAGCAUUUAUAAUUAUAAUAAUAAUUAUGUACAUUAUGCUAUGCCUUAACCGAUUCCCACGCAUAUUUGUGUCAACCGCACAUUAC